UAUAGAUGUUCAUUAAUGCCUCCUAAACAAGAUAUCAAUAACAAGAAGGCAAAGCUCUAUAGUUCUAGAACCAUCCGAACGGAGUUUGCAGACCCAAACUAUAAGGAGGGUAAACUCUCAGUGCCAGACUUUUUAGCAUCAAGAGAGUUUGAAAUUAGAUCGCUUGAACUUGCAAAGUUGAAAUCUAAAUAUGCGCUAUCUAACCGUUGUUUUCAGAGCUUACCACGGUCACUUAGAAGAAGAACUGCGUCGCAUAAUGUCAAGAGAAUUCCUAAAAGAUUGAGAAAUAGAGCCAUUAAAGAAAUGCAAAACUCUGCCAAUGGAGUUCCUCCCAAGCCAAAACAUCUUAGAGGGAAGGAAUUAUACCGGUUGAAAAUGAAAUCCAAACUCUUAAGAUUAGCUUCUAGGGUGAAAUUGUUACUGUCUGUGCCGGGAGUAGAAAUGAGAGAGCUCAACUUGAGACUGAAAUUGAAUGCCUUACAACGACAAAUUAAAGAUUUGAACCGAAACCAAGAAGUAAUCAAUGGAAUGAAGAAGUUAAAUAAUACCAUGGGUUCUUAUGACAACACUGGAGUGGGUGGAUUAGCUCCAGCACCUCGAGGAAACUUGAAAUAUACCAAAAGACAAAAGGAUUUUGUAUGGUUACCAACCCACAUCUGGCAUGCCAAGAGAGCACAUUUGAUAAAAAAAUUUGGUUAUCAAAUUCCAUUAAGACCCACCCAAAAAUGCUUCAAGUCCAUUAAUAGAGCGUCCAAAAACGGUACCAUCGUCUACGACACUUCAUAUUAUGAUUACAUGAUUGUCACUGUGACAGAUUUGGAUCAUCGUGGGGAACUUUUAAAGGAAAUAACAAAGUUCCAAACAAUCCCUUCAAAGUAUUUGAAUGGAGCAUGUCUGUACGAUGAUUGGCUUUAUAAAGAUGGCAAAGUUAUUGGAAAAGGGUUAGUGUAUUGCCAUGAUGUCAAAAUAUUGAUCCGAGUUUAUCCAUCCAUGUACACUGAGUACUACGAAUAUGUUUCUAAAUUGAGUGGAAAAUUUGGUGGGUCAGUGCAUGAUUGCCGGUACUCUCUUGGUAGUAUAGAGCUUACAGGUCCAGAAUCUUUAAGAUCCAUAACUAAAAUCUUUCACCUUGAUAAAUCAAAUGAAGUAUGUCAGAAUUGGUUGAACUUUUCAUCCUUUAAAGACAGUGGUAUUCCAUCAGGAACUACUUUCAGUUUCAAUGUUCAAGAUCCAAGACUUUGGACUGGUCCUACCAAUCCUCCACCAUUGAACUCUUCGAUUAACUUUAACGAUCUUAUUAUUGGCUUACAAAAUCAACCAUCAAGAACUAGAGUAGACCCAAAUGCCAUUGAAACAUUAUUGGAUAAUGAAAAGAGAAAUGAUACUUAUAAAGAUCAAUUGUCAAUUAAAAAGCUUUCCAAAAAGUUUUCCGAAUCUAAAACUCCAAUUAUUGAUGAAAGUCAGCCUCAAAUACCUAUAUUGAUCACUAAAUUAACUAAAACUUCAAAUAAUUGGUGUGUCACAUUACCUUGGUACUGGGUGCUUCCUGUAUGGAUUCAAUUGACUAAAGUAACCAAUGUUAAACUAGGAGGUUUACAACAAAUGCAUCAAAUAAACUUGGAAAAUAAUCGAGCAACAUUUCCAACUGAUUUCCCAUUUCUUAGAGAUGGUUAUUUGGAAAAUGAAUUUAAAAUAUUGGAAAAUGAAAAGAAAUACAAUAAGAUUCCUGCUAGUCAUAAGCUCGACUAUCAUAAAUUAGGAAUGGAACAUGGGAACUUCCAUGGGAGUGAUUGGAGAUUUCUUCAACUUUUAAGCAUGGGUUUAAAAUAUUGGCAAUUACAAAAUCCUGGUAAGGAACUCCCAAAAACAUCUGAGAAUUAUGCAUCUUUCAAUGAAGAAUUACACCAAUCUUUUGAAACAUUGGAUGACCUUUUACAAUUAAUUGAACAAGCCAAAAUCUUAGAUCUUGAAAAGAAAGAAAGAGGAGAGCCAAUGGUUAUUCCUAUAGAAAGAUACGAGAAGAAGAAACAUAAUCAAUUAUUGAAUGGUGAAGUAGACAUUACCUUGAAAGAUAGUGUACCAAUUCUUCCAAUAGUACAGGUUAAGAUCUCGAUGAAGAAUAAAGGACAUCCUACUGAUAAUGCAAGAAUUUUCAAAGUUGUGGGUGAUAUUAAUUCAGAAGAGGAUUUAAAGAAAUCUGCUUGUAUUGAAAACUUGAUUGGGUAUGUUACAAGUGGUACGUUCAACCUAAACAGUGGCCACGGUAGUGGGAUUGGAUGCUUAAGUGCGUUCCAUACGAAAUCUACUGAUCUGAAAUAUGUCAUAAUCCGUAACAUUGGAUGUUCAGAGCCUAGAGUUGGUGAGUGGGAAACUAUAUAGAUUACGGUGUAUAGGAGAAUAAUAGAACUAUUAAU